CCCCUGCCUGCUGCUGAACACGGAACUCAACGCACCGCUGCUGCAUCUCUGAGGAGGAACGCGGUUUAAACGUUAUCUCAACUAAGAAUACCUCAUUAUAGCUGUACCGACAGGUGUGUGGUCGUCUUUAAUCAUGUUCCGCUUGCGGGCUCUGGCCGCAGUUUCAGUGGGGCUGACCCAGCUGUCCCGCCGCUGUCACAGUGGGGCAGUCGGGGGUUCUGGCAGAAGGAGGCUGAUGCUGGCCGCUCUGGCUGGUGUGACUGGUGUGUCUGCGAGUGCUGGACUUCUUUGGCAAAGAGCAUAUGCUGAUGCAGGACCCUCUGUUCAACACCCUGAACAAACGGCUGGAGAGGAAGCCGAUUUUGCGAGGGACUCUGAAAAAAUGGUGGAGUCCAGCAGUGGAGAUGAGGGAGCCCAAGAUGAAGGCGAAGAGGGGAAAAAAAAGAAACCACGCUCAGGAUUUCGUGACCGCAAGGUGAUGGAGUAUGAGAACAGAAUCAGAGCGUACUCGACUCCAGACAAGAUUUUCCGCUACUUCGCCACACUGAAGGUCAUCAACGAGCAUGGAGACGCAGAGGUUUACAUGACACCCCAGGACUUCAUCCGCUCCAUCACACCCAAUGAGAAGCAGCCUGAGAAUCUUGGCCUGGAUCAGUUCCUAGUGAAGCGCUACGAUGGGAAGGACUUCUGGCAGAUGGAGAAAAUCGCCCAAGAGAGAGAGAAGUUUGCAGAUGAGGACAGCAUAUUUUACACAUUGGGAGAAUGUGGUCUUAUCUCCUUCUCUGACUACAUAUUCCUCACAACCGUGCUGUCCACUCCCCAGAGGAACUUUGAGAUCGCUUUCAAGAUGUUUGACCUAAAUGGCGAUGGAGAAGUGGACCUGGAGGAGUUUGAACAGGUCCAGAGCAUCAUUCGAUCCCAGACCAGCAUGGGCAUGCGACACCGCGACCGCUCCACUACAGGAAACACACUGAAGACAGCCGGCUGCAGCUCUGCUCUCACCACUUACUUCUUUGGGGCAGACCUGAAGGGAAAACUCACAAUCGGCAGCUUUCUGGAGUUUCAGAGGAAACUGCAGCACGACGUGCUCAAACUAGAGUUUGAGAGGAACGACCCCGUGGACGGCAGGAUCACAGAGAGACAGUUUGGAGGGAUGCUGCUGGCGUACAGCGGCGUCCAGUCACGUAAACUCAAGCAGAUGCAGAAGGGCUUGAAGAAGAUGUUUAAGGAUGCACAGGGAAUCACUUUUGAGGAGGUGGAGAAUUUCUUUACCUUCCUAAAGAACGUGAACGACGUGGACACAGCACUCAGUUUCUACCACAUGGCUGGAGCCUCAAUUGAUAAAGUUACCAUGAAGCAGGUGGCCCGCACUGUAGCCAAGGUGGAGCUGUCGGAUCACGUGUGCGACGUAGUCUUUGCUCUCUUCGACUGUGACGGGAACGGAGAGCUUAGCAACAAGGAGUUCAUAGCCAUCAUGAAGCAGCGGCUGAUGCGUGGGCUGGAGAAACCCAAAGACAUGGGCUUCACCCGCCUGGUGCGUGCCAUGUGGAAGUGCGCCCAGGACACCGCCUGGGACUUCGCCACUCUGAAGACGUAAUGGACACCCCUUCAGACGUGGAGAGAGAUAAAGACGGGGACGCUCCCAUUGAGAGAGGAUCGACAUGAACUCAGUGAAGCUGCAGCUCUGAGGGCCAUCAUCAGUAAUUAUUGCAUGCUGCUGCCAUUAAUCCACAGUGACUGAAGCAAACCUGAACAGCUCUCUUCUCUGGUGCCUUUUUAGGCCUGGCAUUCUACUUGUAUGUUUCACAAUACUGCAAAGCUUCUGCUUAUUUUUUCUCAUAUUUUUUUAUUUUUUAUUUUCAGAGCUGAAAACACUAAUAUACCGCUUUUUCUUCCUUUGUGAGUUCAGUAAUACUUCAUUUUUACUGACAGCUUCUCAGUUAAAUUUGCAUCAAGCAAACUGAGUCCUGCUCCUGUUGUUUUUAUAUUCCUCACCAGUUUGUCCAAUAAAAAAAACAGUGAAAUGCUUCUCUGACUCAUAUGAACCUUUAAAGAAAUAUCCUAUUAAA